GCAGCAGCCAGCUUGGCAGAGACCAGAUGACUGUGAGACUGAGUCCACAAGAUUCAGCCGCUCGGUGGGUCGGGAAGCCCAGUGUGGGGGCGUCCCUCGAGCAGUGGGCUCCUCCCUUAGACCAGGUGCCCUCAAGUGUGAGUUGCUGCCUUGUGUGCCCUCCGGCUCUGGACCAUCCUGUGUGGCUUUUACCUGAGGGAGCACGGGUCUGGCUGAGGGAGAAUGGCCAGCAUUUCCCGAGCACCGUGGACUCCUGCGCGGAGGGCAUCGUCGUCUUCCGGACAGACUAUGGCCAGGUGUUCACGUACAAGCAGAGCACGAUCACACAGCAGAAGGUGACACCCAUGCACCCCAUGAACGAGGAGGGUGUGGACGACAUGGCCGCCUUGACAGAGCUCCACGGGGGCGCCAUCAUGCACAACUUACACCAGCGAUAUAAGAGGAAUCAGAUCUACACCUUCAUCGGCUCCAUCAUCGCCUCGGUGAACCCCUACAAGCCCAUCGGCGGCCUGUACGAGCGAGCGGCCAUGGAGCGCUACAGCCGGUGCCACCUGGGGGAGCUGCCCCCCCAUGUCUUUGCUGUGGCCAACGAGUGCUACCGCUGCCUGUGGAAGCACCCCACCAACCAGUGCGUCCUCAUCAGUGGUGAGAGUGGGGCGGGCAAAACCGAAAGUACUAAGUUGAUCCUCAAGUUCUUAUCAGUCAUCAGCCAGCAGUCUUUGGAGUUGUCCUUCAAGGCGGAUUCGUCCUGUGUGGAACAAGCUAUUCUUGAAAGCAGCCCAAUCAUGGAAGCUUUCGGCAAUGCCAAGACGGUGUAUAACAACAACUCCAGCCGCUUCGGGAAGUUUGUUCAGCUGAGCAUCUGCCAGGAGGGAAAUAUUCAGGGCGGGAAAAUUGUAGAUUAUUUAUUAGAAAAAAACCGAGUAGUAAGGCAAAAUCCGGGGGAGCGGAAUUAUCAUAUAUUCUAUGCGCUGCUGGCAGGGCUGGACCAUGAGCAGAGAGAAGAAUUUUAUUUAUCUGUGCCAGAAAACUACCACUACUUGAACCAGUCUGGAUGUAUGAAAGACAAGACAAUCAAUGACCAGGAUUCUUUUCAGGAAGUUAUUACGGCGAUGGAGGUGAUGCAGUUCAGCAAGGAGGAGGUUCGGGAGGUGUUGAGGCUGCUUGCUGGAAUACUGCAUCUGGGGAACAUAGAGUUUAUCACCGCCGGUGGGGCUCAGGUGUCCUUCAAAACAGCCCUGAGCAGGUCUGCAGAGUUACUCGGGCUGGACCCGACGCAGCUCACAGAUGCCCUGACCCAGAGAUCCAUGUUCCUCAGGGGCGAGGAGAUCCUCACGCCACUCAGUGUCCAACAGGCAGUGGACAGCAGAGACUCCUUAGCCAUGGCACUUUAUGCUCGCUGCUUUGAGUGGGUGAUUAAGAAGAUCAAUAGCAGGAUCAAAGGCAAAGAUGACUUUAAGUCCAUCGGCAUCCUUGACAUCUUUGGAUUUGAAAACUUUGAGGUUAACCACUUUGAGCAGUUCAAUAUAAACUAUGCAAAUGAGAAACUUCAGGAAUAUUUCAACAAGCAUAUCUUUUCUUUAGAACAACUGGAAUACAGCAGAGAAGGCUUAGUGUGGGAAGACAUUGACUGGGUAGACAAUGGAGAAUGCCUGGACUUGAUCGAGAAGAAACUUGGCCUCCUAGCCCUGAUUAAUGAAGAAAGCCAUUUUCCUCAAGCCACAGACAGCACCUUAUUGGAGAAGUUACACAAUCAACACACUAAUAACCACUUCUACGUGAAGCCCCGAGUUGCAAUCAACAAUUUUGGAGUGAAACACUACGCUGGAGAGGUUCAGUACGAUGUCCGGGGCAUCUUGGAGAAGAACAGAGAUACCUUUAGAGACGAUCUUCUCAACUUACUCAGAGAAAGCCGAUUCGACUUUAUCUAUGACCUAUUUGAACACGUUUCAAGCCGCAAUAACCAAGACACCCUGAAAUGCGGAAGCAAACACCGGAGGCCCACGGUCAGCUCCCAAUUCAAGGACUCGCUGCAUUCCUUAAUGGCCACGCUAAGCUCCUCUAAUCCUUUCUUUGUUCGCUGUAUCAAGCCAAAUAUGCAAAAGAUGCCAGACCAGUUUGACCAGGCGGUUGUGCUGAACCAGCUGCGGUACUCGGGGAUGCUGGAGACAGUGAGGAUCCGCAAAGCCGGUUACGCCGUCCGAAGACCCUUUCAGGAUUUCUACAAAAGGUAUAAGGUGCUGAUGAGGAACGUGGCCGUGCCGGAGGACAUCAGGGGCAAGUGCACCGCCCUGCUGCAGCGCUAUGACGCCUCCAACAGCGAGUGGCAGCUGGGCAAGACGAAGGUCUUCCUUCGAGAAUCCUUGGAGCAGAAACUGGAGAAGCAGCGGGAGGAGGCAGUUACUCGUGCGGCCAUGGUGAUCCGGGCCCACAUUCUGGGCUACUUGGCACGAAAGCAGUACUGUAAGGUCCUGGACUGCGUGCUGAUCAUACAGAAGAACUACCGAGCGUUCCUUCUGAGGAGGAGAUUUCUGCACCUGAAAAAGGCAGCCAUCGUUUUCCAGAAGCAGCUCCGAGGUCAGAUUGCGAGGAGAGCUUACAGACAGCUGCUGGCGGAGAAGCGCGAGGAGGAAGAAAAGCGAAAACGGGAGGAAGAAGAAAGGGAAAGAGAAAGGGCACGGAGAGAAGCCGAGCGCCUCGCCCAGCAGGAGGCAGCAGCCAGGAGGCAGCGGGAGCAGGAGGCCUUGCUGAAGAGCCAGCGGGAGGCGGAGCUGACCCGGGAGCUGGAGAAGCAGAAGGAGAACAAGCAGGUGGAAGAAAUCCUGCGCCUGGAGAAGGAAAUCGAGGACCUGCAGCGCAUGAAGGAGCAGCAGGAGCUGGCCUUGACCGAGGCGUCCCUGCAGAAGCUGCAGCAGCUGCGGGACGAGGAGCUCAAGCGCCUGGAGGACGAGGCGUGCCGGGCGGCCCAGGAGUUCCUGGACUCGCUCAACUUCGACGAGAUCGACGAGUGUGUGCGCAACAUCGAGCGCUCGCUGUCGGGGGGCAGCGAGGCGGGCGAGCCCGUGGCAGGGGAGAAGCCCAGCUUCAACUUCAGCCAGCCCUACCCUGAGGAGGAGGUGGACGAGGGCUUCGAGGCCGAGGACGACGCCUUCAAGGACUCGCCCAACCCCAGCGAGCACGGCCACUCGGACCAGCGCACGAGCGGCAUCCGCACCAGCGACGAGUCAUCGGAGGAGGACCCCUACAUGAACGACGCGCUGGGGCCCGCCGGCCCUGGCACCCCUGGCCCGGCGCUCCUGGUGCCCGCAGAGCCCGGCCCCGCCGGGGGGGACCCCACCUACUGCACGCCCCAGAACGCGGAGGGGCCGCCCUCCCCCGAGGGCGAGUACGACUAUGACCAGGACGACUACGAGGACGGCGCUGUCACCUCCGGCAGCAGCGUCACCUUCUCCAACUCCUACGGCAGCCAGUGGUCCCCCGACUACCGCUGCUCGGUGGGCACCUACAACAGCUCCGGGGCCUACCGCUUCAGCUCCGAGGGGGCGCAGUCCUCGUUUGAAGACAGCGAGGAGGACUUUGACUCCAGAUUCGACACCGACGACGAGCUGUCUUACCGGCGGGACUCCGUGUACAGCUGUGUCACGCUCCCCUACUUCCACAGCUUCCUGUACAUGAAAGGCGGCCUGAUGAACUCCUGGAAGCGCCGCUGGUGUGUCCUGAAGGACGAGACUUUCCUGUGGUUCCGCUCCAAGCAGGAGGCCCUCAAGCAAGGCUGGCUCCACAAGAAGGGCGGUGGCUCGUCCACUCUGUCCAGGAGAAACUGGAAGAAGCGCUGGUUUGUCCUCCGCCAGUCCAAGCUCAUGUACUUCGAAAAUGACAGCGAGGAGAAGCUCAAAGGCACAGUGGACGUCAGGGCGGCCAAGGAGAUCGUAGAUAACACCAGCAAAGAGAACGGGAUUGACAUCAUCAUGGCCGACAGGACCUUCCACCUCAUCGCCGAGUCCCCAGAAGAUGCCAGCCAGUGGUUCAGCGUGCUCAGCCAGGUCCACGCGUCCACGGACCAGGAGAUCCGGGAGAUGCACGACGAGCAGGCAAACCCGCAGAACGCCGUGGGUACCUUGGAUGUGGGGCUGAUUGAUUCCGUGUGCGCCUCUGACAGCCCCGACAGACCCAACUCGUUUGUGAUCAUCACCGCGAACCGCGUGCUGCACUGCAACGCCGAUACGCCCGAGGAGAUGCACCACUGGAUCACACUGCUGCAGCGGUCCAAAGGCGACACCCGUGUGGAGGGCCAGGAGUUCAUCGUGCGAGGGUGGUUGCACAAAGAGGUGAAAAACAGCCCGAAAAUGUCAUCGCUGAAGCUGAAGAAGCGGUGGUUUGUGCUCACCCACAAUUCCUUGGAUUACUAUAAGAGCUCAGAGAAGAACGCUCUGAAAUUGGGGACCCUGGUCCUAAACAGCCUCUGCUCAGUCGUCCCUCCCGAUGAGAAAAUAUUCAAAGAGACAGGCUACUGGAACGUCACCGUGUAUGGACGCAAGCACUGCUACCGGCUCUACACCAAGCUGCUCAAUGAGGCCACCAGGUGGUCCAGCGCCAUUCAAAACGUGACGGACACCAAAGCCCCGAUUGACACCCCCACUCAGCAGCUGAUUCAAGACAUCAAGGAGAACUGCCUGAACUUGGAUGUGGUGGAGCAGAUUUACAAGCGGAACCCCAUCCUCCGCCACACCCACCACCCGCUGCAUUCCCCGCUGCUGCCCCUGCCCUACGGAGACAUCAACCUCAACUUGCUCAAAGACAAGGGCUACACAACCCUUCAGGAUGAAGCCAUCAAGAUCUUCAACUCCCUCCAGCAGCUGGAGUCCACGUCGGACCCUGUGCCCAUCAUCCAGGGCAUCCUCCAGACGGGGCAUGACCUCCGACCUCUGCGAGAUGAGCUGUACUGCCAGCUCAUCAAACAGACCAACAAAGUGCCCCAUCCGGGCAGCGCGGGAAACCUGUACAGCUGGCAGAUCCUCACCUGUCUGAGCUGCACCUUCCUGCCCAGCCGGGGCAUCCUCAAGUACCUCAAGUUCCACCUGAAGAGGAUACGGGAACAGUUUCCAGGAACCGAGAUGGAAAAAUACGCCCUCUUCAUCUACGAAUCUCUUAAGAAAACCAAAUGCCGAGAGUUUGUGCCUUCCCGAGAUGAAAUAGAAGCCUUGAUCCACAGGCAGGAAAUGACAUCCACGGUGCAUUGCCACGGCGGAGGCUCCUGCAAAAUCACCAUCAACUCCCACACCACGGCCGGGGAGGUGGUAGAGAAGCUGAUCCGGGGCCUGGCCAUGGAGGACAGCAGGAACAUGUUCGCCUUGUUUGAGCACAACGGACAAGUGGACAAGGCCAUUGAGAGCCGGACCAUUGUCGCUGAUGUGCUAGCCAAGUUUGAAAAACUCGCUGCCACAUCAGAGGGGGGUGACAUGCCCUGGAAAUUCUACUUCAAACUUUACUGCUUCCUGGACACAGACAAUGUGCCUAAAGACAGUGUGGAAUUUGCAUUUAUGUUUGAACAGGCUCAUGAAGCUGUUAUCCACGGCCACUACCCUGCCCCGGAAGAGAACCUACAGGUCCUCGCUGCCCUGCGGCUCCAGUACCUGCUGGGGGAUCACUCGUUGCACUCCGCCAUCCCGCCCCUGGAAGAGGUUUACUCUCUGCAGAGACUCAAGGCCCGCAUCACCCAGGCCACGAAGAGCUUCACCCCGGGUGAGCGGCUAGAGAAGAGAAGAACCAGCUUCCUGGAGGGGACGCUGCGGCGGAGCUUCCGGACGGGCUCUGUCAUCCGGCAAAAGGCAGAGGAGGAGCAGAUGGUGGACAUGUGGAUCAAGGAGGAGGUCUCCUCCGCCCGAGCCAGCAUCAUCGACAAGUGGAAGAAGUUUCAGGGAAUGAGCCAGGAGCAGGCCAUGGCCAAGUACAUGGCCUUGAUCAAGGAGUGGCCUGGCUAUGGGUCGACGCUCUUCGAUGUGGAGUGCAGGGAAGGUGGCUUCCCCCAGGACCUCUGGUUGGGCGUCAGCGCCGACGCUGUCUCGGUGUACAAGCGCGGGGAGGGCCGGCCGCUGGAGGUCUUCCAGUAUGAACACAUCCUGUCUUUUGGGGCGCCCCUGGCCAACACAUACAAGAUCGUCGUUGAUGAGCGGGAGCUGCUCUUUGAAACCAGUGAGGUGGUGGACGUGGCCAAGCUCAUGAAGGCCUACAUCAGCAUGAUCGUGAAGAAGCGCUACAGCACGUCGCGCUCCGUCAGCAGCCAGGGCAGCUCCAGGUGAAUGCAGCCAGCCAGUGCAUCUGCGAGGCUGUGCUGUCUGCGCCACGUCCUCUGGGCACAGCGCCUGAGCCGCGGUGCCCUGGCGUUCUGGAAGCCCCUCCGGGUGGGCUGUAUCUCAGAGGUCUUUCUGCGCCGUCCACUUCAGUGAUCCUAUAUUAAGCUGUCGCCUGAACAGUCUGCCCGAUUUCCAAAGCUUUAUUACUCUUACGUGACACAUGCCUUAAAAGAGUCAGCACAACCCACAUUGCCACCAAGAUGUGCCUUAGCUUGUGGAACCAACACUAAUCGACCUUGACUGUGCUACUGAAGGGAGCUGCUUCCGCGCCCCUGUUGGGGGGAGACUUAAAGCCCAGGACAUUAUCCAUGUUAUCCAUCCAUGACAUCGAUUAUGCACUAGCCUCCCAGCCCGAUUCCCAGCCCCCGGGAAGGUGAGGGAGUGGGGAGUGGACAGGACAGUCUUUUAGUUGGAGUGCUGCUGGCAGCCUUCCUCGUCUGCGUAUUAACUUCUUUUCUUCAUUGCAUCUUUUAAGCCUCUGAGCUUGCCUGUGCAUGCCAGUGCUCGCAAACUCGUCCCUUUAAUCAUAGUUUCAUGAGCAUUAAAAGCAAAGGGAAAAGGAUGUGCAAUGGUGUAAACAGUCUGUCUGUAUAUUUUAAUAGUUCAGAGUUGUUCUAGUCCUCGGGGUGACUUUAGAAGGUGGUUUUAUUAACAACCCCAGAAUCCUGGAUUUUCCUGUCUGUGCUGUAUUUCAAAAACCACAUUUGACUCAGUUUUGUUUUACAUGUAGCUAAGUCUGCGUUCUGUGACUGCUCUAUUCUGGACAGAUAUGCAGCCUGCGAAAAACUGUAUUUAUAAACCACUUUUAGGCAGAGGAUCCCAGUGCCAUUUUUAAACAAUAUGAAGUCAUUCUGGGGUCUUUAGUUUCUAAAAGAUUUAAGUUAAAAAUAUGUUUCCUUGAAGGUCAGCGUGAGUCACUCCAGAUACAUUGUGACUUAACUACGCUGGAGGACACUGUUUUCCCAGAAGGUAUACGUGAGAGCGAAUCUUUAAAGGGCCCUGAUAGUAAAUGAGAAGGCUUUAAUAAAAUGCACACAUUUUAUCCCAAGUUUAUACGGUGGUCUGAAGGAGGCACCUGUAGAUAAAUCAACCUUUAUGACCGGAAGAAGAAGAAUCUGGUCUUAAAUUUUUAUUUUUAUAUGGAAAAGUUGUAAAGACUUAGGCCAACUAAGUCUGCCCACCAAGAAUAAAGAAAUUUGCCUUAUCCCUGUGGACAGCCAUGCGAAAUCAUUGUUGGCUCAAAGAAAGCCUGACAAUAAAGGAUAUUAGCUAACAUGCCACGUAUUCUCGUUACUGGGGCGACGCUAAGUGCCAUUGGGGAGGGGGGCUGCUUUUGUUUCCGUUGCUCUUUUAGACACAGCAUCACCGCCAGAACACCCAGAAGGUAAAAGAAAAGGUGUCGAAAUCACAGACCCCCUAAGGACACAAAAUGAGUGUUAAUAUCAAGCAGGCACCUAUUACCUGUCCCCAAAAUGUGCCUCAAUGCUAAGUUGGGACCUCCCUAAAGCCCUGCUCACCGUGGAGUAAGACACGC